AUGGCAGCCAUAUUCGCGAAAUUCAAGAAGGAUGCUGCGGCCCAAGUACUCUCAGCAGCAGAAACAGAAAAAGCUAGGACCAACUCGAAAGCCGAGGUUGAAUUGAAGAUCAAGGCGCAGCCCGAGGAAUUGUUCGCUAGUGUGGAUGCCAUCUUCGAUAUGGGACUGGACGACGAAACCCUCAUAUUAGCUCAAAAGCGAUUUUUGAAAGAGGGUGCAGCAGCCAAAGCUGAUUUCAAGAAGAAGCGAGAUGAAAAGCGAGGUUGCUUAGGCAAGUCGGCCAGUGGCUCAGACCCCGAGCAUGACAAUGAGAAUGACGGAGUUCGUGGCGAAAUCGAGCAUGAGACUGAGCUCGAGGAAAUCAAAGCACACGCUCACGAAGCGCGACUAGGUCAACAGGCUAUCAGUUUGGGUGUCAACGCAACAGGACAUUCUUUUCCGGGCGCGGUUCUAACAUCAAGUGGCGAGGUCGAAUACAAAGGGUAUACCUACAGAGACAUCGCAUCUUUUCAGAUGGCCUAUCGUGAAUACUGUGAAAGGAAGCUCAGCGAUUACAUAUCUAGGUUUGGUACUACAGUCAUGGGUCUACUGGCGUCUGGUGCAGCAGAGGAUAUGAUUGACACUUAA